AUGUAACAGCGAUUACCAUUGGAGUACGAAUUCUUGGUCCAGCAUUAGGUUUCAUCUUAGGUUCUUUCUGCACAAUGGUCUAUGCGAAUUUGUCAAAGAAUCCACAAAUUACACCAACGGAUCCACGAUGGGUCGGCGCUUGGUGGCUGGGAUUAGUGUUAAUCUCAGCUAUGUUAAUUCUGGUGAGUCUUGCAAUGUUCGCUUUUCCAACCCGGCUGCCCGCGAGUAGAACUCCUCCCCGACGAGCAGACUCCAAAAAGCCCAGUUUGCGAGAUUUCCCGAAUGCUGUAAAAAGGCUUUUGAACAACGAUAUUCUCAUGUUCAGAACAGCGAGUAGUGUGUUGCACAUCUUGCCGAUUGCCGGUAUCUACACCUUCCUGCCAAAGUACAUCGAAAGCCAAUUUCGCUUGCCGGCCCAUCAUGCAAACAUGAUCUCAGGUGUUGGCGGGAUCCUAGUGAUGGGCUUGGGCAUCGUACUUAGCGGCAUAUUUAUUUUGAAGGCGAAGCCUAACGCCAGGUUCGUCGCAGCCUGGAUCGCCUUCACCGCGGCCGCUUACGCGAUUGGCAUGGGUGCGUUAAUGUUUAUCGGUUGUCCGAUGGACGACUUUGCCGGACUUGUAACACAUCCCGACACGGGGCUCUCGAGCUUUGAGCCGACCUGCGAUUCUACCUGCGAUUGCGAUCGGAUCAAAUUUAGUCCAAUCUGCGGCGCCGACGGUAGAACGUAUUUCUCCGCGUGCCACGCAGGCUGCACGAAUUAUACGGUUGCUGACGGCAAAGUGGCAUCGUUUUAUAACUGUCAGUGCAUUGGACAAAACAUAACGACAUCCGAGCUAGUAAGCACGGCGACGAUCGGUUACUGCGAAUUGGAGUGCAGUAAUUUUUGGGUUUAUAUGAUCCUGUUCUCGGUCUUCGUUUUUAUUCACUCGACAAGCGAAGUGGGCUCUAUGUUGCUCAUUCUGCGUUGCGUGGAUCCUAGAGACAAGGCCAUGGCACUUGGCCUGAUACAGUUCGCUAUUGGCUUGUUUGGCAAUGUCCCAUGUCCUAUCAUUUACGGUGCUGUAGUGGAUUCCGCUUGUCUCGUAUGGGAAUAUGCUUGCGGUGAGCGAGGCGCCUGCUGGCUUUACGACUCCAACGUCUUUAGAAUGUUCUAUCAUGGUACAACAGGCGGUAUUCUCCUAUUGGCCUUCAUAGUGGAUAUAGUUGUUUGGUACAAGGCCGGGAGCAUAACCUUCGUGGAGGAGCAGGAGGGCGAGACAGGCACCGCGGAGGAAAUGGCGACGUUAAAAUCGCGGGACGCUCAAGCAGUCGAGAACGACUAUUUGUGAAGGUUUCGCAUUACUCUUUUGCGGUGAAGGGCCGCGACGGCGACAUUAUCGUUGUCGUCGUCUAAGGACGCAACGCAGUCUCAACGUGGGAUAUGUAGAGGCGUUGUUUUUCGCGAAUGGUGCCAGUAUAGCUCGUCGCGCUUCCCAGAAAAAGAUAGACUCGCUGGCGAUGAACACGCGUCAGAAUGGAACUUUUGCUCGAGGAAGUUCCGUUCUGACGAACAGAAAGAACUAGUCCCUCUUGUGUCGACGCGCAUCCGAGCGUAAAGAAGCGGACUACACACGAAUCGCAGGAGGAUCGAGACCGAAAGACUGAGAUGGGAAGGACGACUCGAAUAAUUUUGAUUCGGUAACUCGGAGAGAUUCAAGGUUCAGUUACGCGAUAAACAGGAAGGAAGAUUGGCACAAUCUCAGCGUAUAUAUAUAUAUAUAUAUACAUAAUAAAAGUAAUCGAUGAACGUGGGAUAAUGAAGAACGAAGGAAACACGGAAGAAAGGGAGACGUGAGGCGGAUUACAGUUCGUCUGCGUCACAAUGCAUCACACAAUGUAAUAUAACUCGAAUGCGCCGUGGAAAAGUUAGUAGGGUUUCUCUCUCAGGGAGGCUUGUCAAUAUGUAACAAUUACAAUGACUGGCGCAAGUCUUCAAUAAUACGGAAUGAAAGAAGACGACGAAAUGGAAAGGAGAACAAAUGAGAGGUCGACGAGAUCGAAAGUGAAGAUACCUACGAUACAUGCGAUAUUUUUGGAUGAUUUGACGAAAAUGGAAGGUUUCGCGUGUCUCCUUCAGUAACGAAAGAAAGCGUUUUUAAUAGAAACGCGUAUCUGUUUCUUGUGUCCUUCUAGAGAAUUGCCUGCAAUUAAUGUAAGUAUGUAAGAAAAAAGUUUGCAUUUAAGAUAUGCAUCAGUCGACAUGGGCAAACAAAUGAUUUUAAAAUUAUUUACUUUGAGAUAUUAAAACAAUUCCUUUUCAUGAGAAAAGGAGAAUAUUUUACUGAACUUGGUAACAGUAAUCAAUCGUCUAAAAUCGUUUAAAUGUUAUUCCAAAA